AUGGCGAGCGCCAUUGAGUUCUUGGCUAGGAUUUACCGUUUCUUCUUCCCACCAACCGUCCCAAAAGACAACGAUGCUCUAAAGAUUGGGAUAUUGGGUGCCGCGAAAAUUGCCCCAUAUUCCAUCAUAUAUCCAUCUCGCUCCCACUCGGGAGUGGUCAUUGAAGGAUGGGCUAGAGCAUCAGCCUUUGCAAAGAAGCAUGGGAUCCCUCGGGUAUUCAAAAAUUACCAAGAUCUGUUGAAUGACCCCAGCAUUGACAUUGUUUAUAACCCCUUUGAAUGGACCAUGAAAGCACUGGAAGCUGGAAAGCAUGUUCUAUUGGAGAAACCUUCUGGGAAUACAGCCGAAGAAACCAUCAAAAUGUUUGAAUUUGCCCAGGAGAAGAAUCUAGUGCUCCUUGAGGCAUUUCAUUACCGGUUCCACCCGGCAAUUCAGACUGUGAAGAACCUUGUUGACUCCGGAGUGAUUGGGAAGAUUACAGGCGCAGAUGCUGAAAUGGCCGUACCCAAUAUCUUCAGCAAGGACGAUAUACGAUAUCAAUACGAGCUAGGCGGGGGGGCAACUAUGGACUUGGGAUAUCGCCCUAACAGGCAUCUGCAUGAUGCCCGUGUUGACAGAAGCUUGCGGGCGAUAUUUGACAUGUCGAACGACGUGACGUCCUCGAUAUAUUGCGAUUUUUCCAUGCCAAAACGCAGUAUUCUUGGCCCUUUGCCAUUCUUUCGUUGGCUUCCUCGCCUACCUACGUUCACCGUCAACGUCCUCGGCGACGAAGGGGAGAUUCACAUCAAUAAUUUUCUCGUUCCCACUGUCUACCACUCCAUAACAAUUACCAAGGGCAAAGAAACGGAAACGAUCAAAGCCUACACUGGUGAAAAGCUGCCCGACGCGCCGAAGGGAGAGGCAUGGUGGUCAACGUAUCGUUGGCAACUCGAAGCGUUCGUGGACAAAGUCAAGAAUCGGACACCUCAAACUUGGGUGACUCCAGAAGACUCCGUUGCAAAUAUGAAAGUCAUUGAUGAAUUGUACGAUGCCUCUGGACUCGGGAAGCGCCCCGCUUCGUCGUAUCUUCAGCAGUAUUGA